AUUGCUACAGAACGGUUCUUUUGUACUUUCCACAUGAACCAACCACUUUAAAAUGCACAUCACAUGCGUUCUGUUGAGAAAAGGUAGGAUCUCAAAAGCUAGAACCAGUCGCACAAAACAUAAUUGAUCCCACUCCAAUUACCCACCAUGUCGCAUGACGAAAAUAUCAAAACUCUCAUUGCGGUGCUUGCAUUUCCAUUCGGCACCCAUGCAGCUCCUCUCCUCAGCCUUGUCAAGAGGCUGUCCUUGACGGUUCCUGAUGCAAGAUUUAUCUUCUUCAACACUGCAAAAUCCAAUGACGCAAUUUUCCCACAAGAUAGUAUUAAGAAAUCGGAUUCUAUAAGACCCUAUAAUGUGUCUGAUGGAACGCCCGAGAAUUAUUUGUUUUCUGGGAACCCCAUAGAGCCCGUUGAGUACUUUAUAAAUUCGACGCCGGAAAACUUCAAGAGGGCCAUGGUGGAGGUGGCGGAAGAGACGGGAAGGGGAUUUAGAUGCAUUAUGACUGAUGCAUUUUUUGGGUUUGCUGCGGAUAUAGCACAAGAAUUGCAGAUUCCUUGGGUCGCUUUUUGGACUGGAGGCCCUCGUUCCGUCCUUGCGCACAUUGAAACCGAUCUAAUCAGGGAAAAAUUGGGAGUACUUGAUGAUGGAAACGAUGAAAAAACGAUUGAUUUCCUUGCUGGGUUUUCUGGAAUAUUUGCUUCUGACCUACCUGGUGAAAUAAUCUGUGGAGACAUAACCUCACCUAUGGCAGGAAUGUUACAUCAAAUGGGAUUAAAGCUGCCACAAGCAACUGUUGUGGUCAUAAACUCAAUUGAAGAAAUAGAUUCUGACAUGGUGAAUAUGCUCAACUCAAGAUUUAACAAGUUUCUCAACAUUGGUCCCCUGGUUUUGACUUUGGCAGACCAGACAAUUUCUGAUCCACAAGGUUGUCUACAAUGGUUGGAUGAGCAGGCCAAAGAGUCUGUAGCAUACAUUAGUUUCGGAAGUACGGUAAUGCCUCCAAGUCAUGAGUUAAAAGCAUUAGCAGAAGCACUGGAGACAAGUGGGUUCCGCUUCAUUUGGUCAAUUAGAGGCAAUCCUGAGGAGAAAUUGCCACAAGGAUUCCUGGAAAGGACAAAGGACAAAGGGAAAGUAGUUUCAUGGGCACCACAGUUGAAGAUCUUACAACACGAAGCAACUGGUGCAUUUAUAACACAUUGUGGUUGGAACUCAGUUUUAGAGAGCAUUGUUGGUGGAGUGCCAAUGAUCUGCAGGACAUUCUUUGGAGAUCAACGUCUGAACAUGAGGACAGUAGAAAAUUUAUGGGGAAUUGGUAAAGGAAUUGAAGAGGGAGAGAUAACUAAAGCUGGUGCAAUUAAAGCAUUAAAACUUGUUUUGUCAAGUGAUGAAGGGAAACAGAUGAGACAGAAACUUGGAUCUCUUAAAAAGCUUGCUUGUGAUGCUGUGCAGCCUCGUGGUAGCUCAACUGCAAAUUUUGAAACUUUGACAAGUAUCAUCACCCACUAAUAAUUAAUAUAUUCUUUUACUUUGACAUUAUUGUUUGCACUUGCUAUGAAUUACAUGUUUGUGAUAUAAAAUUUAGAAGAGUAUUUUACAUGGUAUGA